AUGGGUUUCGGUGAUCUCCAAUCUGCUGAUGGUCUUCGUUCACUCAAUGCAUUUCUUGUCGAUAAAUCAUACGUCGAAGGUUAUACUCCAACAAAAGGUGAUGUUGUUGUAUUCGAAGCUGUAAAGAAAGCACCAGCAACUGAAUUUGAAAAUGCUCUUCGCUGGUACAAUCAUAUCGCUUCGUUUAAUGAUGCUGAGAAAGCCAAAUUUCAAGGUGAAAGCAAAGCAGUCGAUCAAUAUGGACAACAACCAGGCCAAGAUCGUCUUGCAAAACAAGAAUUUGAAUCAUUAUCUGUUGAUCCAGCUAAGAAACCAGCAGCUGAAGACGAUGAUGAUGUUGAUUUAUUCGGCGAUGAAAAUGAAGAAGAAACUGAAUUAACAAAACAACGUUUAGCUGCUUAUGCUGAGAAAAAAUCCAAGAAACCAACUCUUAUUGCCAAAAGUAACAUUGUCCUUGAUAUUAAACCAUGGGACGAUGAAACAAAUAUGCAAGAACUUGAACAAAACGUUCGUUCAAUUGAGUUAGAUGGUCUUCUUUGGGGUGCCUCUCGUCUCGUACCACUUGCUUAUACAAUCAAAAAGUUACAAAUCACUUGUGUUGUUGAAGAUGACAAAGUUGGUACAGAUAUUCUUGAAGAACGUAUCAUGGCAUUCGAAGACCACGUUCAAUCAGUUGAUAUUGCUUCAUUUCAAAAGAUUUAA